AUGGGGCGCAGGGACAAGAAGCGUGCUGCAUCUUCUGCUUCAAGCGAGAGAAUCCAAGCAGAAAGACUUCUCGAAGAUUCUGAGUCUGGAGAAUCGGACAUGUUCCCAGGAGGGAUAGACCCUGCUGCCGUGACUACCGGCAACAAAGCUGGUGCGAACAAGAACAAGCCAACGAAGUCAAGAAACCCAAAGGGCGGCAAGGACAGCAGCACCGGCCGCAGAAUUGAGAAAGAAGAUUACAAAAGCCAGAGAAUUUACAAAGACUUUGUGAACUGCCACCUCCUGAAUUGGCUUGAUGAGACAGACUCUACGUUCCUCGGCAGGGACGUGUUGAAGGAGGCCCGCCGAAUCAAGCUCUUUUCGGCAAUCCUGUUCAACUUUGGUUGGCUGCCCUGGGAUGCAAAAGCAGGGGAGAACAAGGCUUCAGUGAUUCGGGCAGCACAGGGACAGUAUGAACGACGGAGUCGUCCGGCGGCCCGCACCGGGUGGGGGAUCUACGAGAUGCACUGCUUUUCCAAAUGGCAGAUGAAUGAGUACAAGAAGGGACGUGUGAAAAAAGAGGCCAUGGGUGGAUGGUCAUGGAAGCUUCCAGCCAAGGACUCAGACACUGGAGCACCCGCCCCGCUCCCAGACGAGGUCCAGCGUUUCGUUGACAAUGGUUUCAAAGAGAGGCCUGAUGACAAGAGUGACAGGAAGUCAAAGCGGCGGCCCAGUAAGCGCAACGUGUCCGAGUCGCAGUCCGAGGGCGACACCGAGACCAACAGUUGCGUGGUCGAGGACUACAUCAUCAUGACGCGGUCCACCGACAGGACUCCCGUGUUGACGCAGAGUUUUGGCUGCAGUGUGUCCUGUGUGAAACGCAAUGGCAGCAGGAAAGCGACCGGCACUGCCAUUGCGCUGCCCAAGUUGGGUGAAGGCAAGCAGUACAAGCUUACGGUCGACGAGGACGACGACACCGUGCUCGUGGGGGGUCUCGCGCCAACGAAGUGCGAUGCUAUCUUCAAGGAUCGUGCGUUGGUGGACAGCAAGAAGAAAUCGAAGGGUCGAGAUGCUGAGAAAGCGAAGCAGAAGGAGAAGGACCGCUCCAGGUCGCGCUCCAUGAAAAGCGCUGCCAGGAAGAAGCGUGCACGCACUCCGCCCGCAUCGCCACGUGGCAAGGGAAGCAAGCGCAGCAGAAGCCGUGAUGAUGGUAAAGGGGAGAAACCCAAAGCGCCGGAGAAACCCAAAGGCGUCCCCGAGCCAACUAACGCGAAGCUCCUGAAGGGGAUGGCCCCCGGUUUGCCGAAGUUGCCCGGCAAGGUUCCGGGCGAGAGUGACACACCGCCACAGCAGCACAGUGAUGUGGAGUCGCUUUUCGCGGAGUCUCCUGCGCCUGAGCCCGAGCCAAAGGAGCCUUUCCUCGUGGUGUGUGACGAGGGGACUUGGUUGGUGCACGCUGCGGCCGCGAAGAUGAUCCUGCUGCCCAAGAAGGAGGAAUGGAAUGUGGCCAAGGACACCGCCAAACAUGUUUGGGUGGUAACCUGCUCGACAAACAGCAAGCACACUCCGCACACAGUCGAUAAGCUGGUAGCCAGCCAGAGGGCCGUGGCCUAUGAUGAGAAGUCGAUUCAGGAGAAACUCCAGCAAGCGCAGGAGAAGAAAGAGAAAGCCGACAAGACUGCGGAAAAGGAGGCCGCGGACAAGGAGAAUGCAAAGAAGAUUGCAGAAAAAGAGGCCGCGGAGGUGGCCGCUGCCGAGGAGAAUGCGAAGAAGCUUGCAGAAAAAGAGGCCGCGGACAAGGCCACUGCCGAGGAGAGUGCGAAGAAGAUUGCAGAAAAAGAGGCCGCGGACAAGGCCACUGCCACUGCCGAGGAGAAUGCGAAGAAGAUCGCGGAAAAGGAGGCCGCGGACAAGGCCGCCGAGGAGAAUGCAAAGAAGAUUGCGGAAGAGACCGCCAAGAGGGCCGCUGCCGAGGAGAAUGCGAAUAAGAUUGCAGCCAAGGAGGCCGCGGACAGGGUGGCUGCCGAUGCGAGCAAGAACAACGGCAAGGACGGGGACAAGAAGAAGAAGGAUGGCCCAGUGAUAGACGCUCUUUUGCAGCAGCAGAGGAAGAAGUGUCAUGCCGAAGCUGGUGGCGGAGACGUUGGACGGGACAAGCGUUAUGAGGCAGUGGUGAAAACAUUGAACCACGUUUUCAUGACAAUGAUUGAGAAGCCGCUCACUUGGUUCAUUCCGGAGUGGGCGGAACAGGGCCGGCAGGUAUCGGACGAGGAGUCGUCCCAAACGAAGGCUUUCCAUUUUCUUUUCUCCCACGUGGGCUGCAGAGGGCUGACGCAGCCUGAGAUUUCGCAUCCCAAGUGGAAUUCCUUCAAAAGGGCAACGGCCAGCAGCAACCUGGACUUUGACAUACUGCGCUUGACUGUGUGCGCCAAUUACUCACACGGACCGUGGACCAAUGGGGACCGGUUGGUGCUCAAGCAGCAGCUGUUGGAGAACUUCCUGAGCAAGCAAUCUGAGGACUGGUUCAGUGACAUUGGGGAAGAGAUUGCCCAAGACCUGGGAGCAUCAGAUCUUUCGGCCGAGCAAGCCCGCAGCUCCAUGCAUGACUUCUUGGACAGCGAAGCUUUGCGGAAUCGAGGUGUCUUUGUCAAGUCGAAAGCCUGGUUCGGCAUCAUUGCUGCACUGCGAAACUUGGUCAAGCACUGGACAAUCCAGCGGGAAGCCGCGACAGCGAUCAUGCAGGAGACGGGCGGAGCUGCUGACCAGCAGGAUGCCAGGAAUGACGACGAGGAGAAUGAAGAGGAUGGCGCUGGCAACCAGCAAGCCCCGAAGAAAUGGACGAAGGCGGACCUCUACAAAGCGUAUAGUGGUCGUGGACCUCAUGCGAUGAAUGCUGACUUCUUGAAUGACCCGAGCUUGCGCAGCAAAGCUGUGCUAAUCAUCCACGUGACGGCCCCUUUGCACGCGGCAUACGCGGAGGAUUUGGCUGCGCAACAAGGCGAGCCAGCGCAACAGUUGGAAUGGAUAGCCAGAUGUGCUUCCGGACGUUCUUUGGGUGUGGUGACCAGCAUCCUGAGGAGUGUGGCUUCGACGCAUCUUUAUCGUGAAAUGCGCCUGGCUCCUCCCUGCACGCCGCCCCUGGAUGCUGACAACACCUACCUUGCAGAGGAUGUCAUGCUGAUCCGAACGGCUUUCGACUUUGCUGCCCACCUGGCUUCGAACGUGCUGUGGGGCCAGCUCCUUUACCAGUACACUUUGCCUUUGGCGGGCGCAUCACUCUUGGCACCAGCAGAGGCAUUAGUCAGUGCUGGAGGUCCACCCCCCCAGAGCACCAACCAGGAUCAACGCAGGCGGGCCAUGCAUCAUUUGCAGAGAAUGGUUUCGGUUGUGGUGGACGCAGAAGACAGUGUUGCGGAGGGUGAUUCUCCAUUGGAAGACGUUCUACAAACAUUGGCGUGGCCAGCCGAGACCCUAGCCAGAGAAGUGAUGGUUAGACUUCAUCGAUCUCGGUACGAUGCUGAAACAGAUGAAGGGUUCGAGCUACGACGGUUGUUGCUGCGUACCUUCCUGGGCAGCAGCAGUACGAAGGAAGUGCUCGAGAGCACAUUCAGCCACCUGCACGACGUCUCCGCCCGCCAUGCCAAGAACGCCAAGAUGUGUAUGCGCGGGGUUUGGUUUUACUCUGUGGCAUCACCGUAUGCGACCCGGGCAACAUGUGGCAUGGCGCAGUGCAAACCAAGUCAUGCUGAAUGGGUGAAGUGGCGCGGGUUCUACGGGAGUGCCCGGGACCACUUCAUGAAGCGGUUCAACAAGGCCUUCAACGUGAAUGCCACCGAGCUUCCUCGCGGACGUGAACUACCCAUCAGUCCGAAGGGCGUGACAAAAACGAAGUGGCGAUUGGCAGGGCCUCUGAGCCAUUACCGCAGCUCUGCAGCCAUGCUGUACCUACUGGAGGAUUCUGGCAGGAACUUUGCAAACUGCCACUUGGCUUGGGCCGCCGCAUUCCUGAGAUGUGGGCAGUUCUACUGGCACAAGGAUCAGCAGACCUUCAUGCUGUGCUUGGGCUUCAAUGGCUGGUGCGCUCUUGGCAUUGACAUUAUGCCUGAGGAAGUGAAUGGCCGUGAGUUUUUGACUCUGAGCAGUCGCCACCUCAUGAAUGGGAUGCGUGUGAUGUUCAAUUUCGACUGUGCUCGCGACUCUUGUUGUUGGGCACAUGUUGCCGUGCAAGUGCUGCCCCCUGCAUGCUUGCCUCCAGAGCUAGUUCAUUGUGGCAUUGCUUUCGAAGUCCUGGACAAAGAUGGUUGGAUCCUGAAAGAUGCCUUGGCAAGUGGAAUGCAGCUGACGGUGGAAAGGCUCAGACAGGCAUGUCAGUCCGUCGGCGCAGAACUGCUCCCAAAAGGGGCAGGAUCCGGCAAAUCCGGCAACAUGGUCAAGGUUGAUUGGGUUUCGUGCCUGGUCGCCAAAGUCUUUGAGUCCGAAACUGCAGAAGAACGGGCGGCAAUCGAAGACAAACUCAUGGGUAGACACCAGAAGCCUGUUGAUGUUUCUGUGUUGGCAGCUAUUUCAGAGCUCGAUUCCAACAAUGCGGAGGCGUUCAAGGACAUGAAAAAGCGUGCUCAGCAGAUGUUUGAAAGUGCCGUUUACGGACAAGGUGUCAAGCAAGGCUUGGGACGUAUGUUGGAUGAGGAGCCAGAUGAAGAAAAACGCGAGGCAAACUAUCGCAAGGCAGCUGAGAAUGCCGACAAGGAGGUGGCGAAGAAGGCAGAAGCGGAUCGCCGGCAUGCUGAGCGGCAAUUUCAGCUCACCCCGCCCGAUCUCAAAAGCCUCCUUCCAGGACAGGGUGAGUUCGCUGGAGUUUGCUGGGCGAGGUAUAAUCCGUUCCAGAAGUGGUUCUCUGUGCAGUAUCCUGUGAGUGAUGUGGAGCUACAGGACUCAAUGCAACGCAAGUGGGAGACCGCCCGCUGUCCUAACCGGAUCGACGCUCUGCGAUGUGUUCUUGAGUUUGCCUACAACCGGUGGAACACCCUCAAUCCCACGUGCCAGUUCACGAUGCCCACCGAUGCAGAGCUGCAGCGCUACUUGGACACGCUCUGA